AUGUCGGCGGCAGCAAUGCCAGACGACGGCCGUCAGGCCUCGACCGCUUCAUCCUCAGCUCGGCCCGGAUUCGCCGCAAGCUCCGGCAUCAGCCUCGGCCACGGUGUCGGAAACGCCAGCAACGCUCCUCCUGGACAUUCCAUCCGCCGUGUCAAAACUCUAGACGAGCCUUCGAUGCGAUCCGGCUCCAUGUCGUGGCACUUUUCUUCAGAUUCGUCCUCAGAGGCGCCUCCGCGCAGGAGCUCCAACUUUUCGGAUUACAGCCUAAAUGAGGCACGCGACAUCCUCAACCCCCGGCCGCACGCUCACGGCGAGGUAUCCCAUCACGAUUCAUCGCCGUUAGCAUCUUUGUCGCUGGCCUUUGCAUUAUUGCCCGCCAUCGCCGGCGUUCUAUUUCAGAAUGGCACCUCCGUCGUCACCGACAUUAUGCUCUUGGGCCUCGCCGCCAUCUUCCUUCAUUGGUCGGUGACGCAGCCUUGGCAAUGGUAUCAUGCCGCGCAGGAAGUCCGUACCUUUGAAGAGCAAUCGAUUCAUAUAGCCCUUGAAUCGGACAGCGAUCUCGACUCUCAGGCCAAGGCUCCGAGCACUAGCACACCCUUGGACGACGUUCCUGAAGAGCGAGAGGGAGACAAAGCAGAUGAUUCCAACUCAGAAAAGAGAGAGACGAGAGAGAAGGUGGUAACAGAACAGCAACAGGCUGCUCUAAAGGAGCUAUAUCGCCACGAAAGUCUUGCUCUCGCAUCAUGCUUCGUAUUACCGAUGCUUAGCGCAUACCUCCUACAUUAUAUCAGAGGACGACUGAGUCGGCCAUCUGAGGGACUUGUUUCCAACUUCAACUUGACAAUUUUCCUUAUGGCAGCAGAGCUGCGUGUACUAUCACAUAUAAUCACUCUGGUCCAGUCUCGAACGCUGCACCUUCAGAAAAUAGUACAAGAUAGCCCGUUUGGUCAACGAGUUGGUACCGAAACGCUACUUGAGGAGAUGCUCAGAAGACUAGAAAGGCUUGAAACUCUUUCAACGUCUCAAGGCAACGUGAUCGCUGGGCACGGAGAGUCCCUGGGUACGACCACGGCGACGGUUAGCCGAGACGUGAGAAAUGCUAUCCAGCCAGAGCUGGACGCUCUGAAUCGAGCUGUAAGGCGAUAUGAGAAGAAGGCGACACUCCUGCAGCUACAGACAGAGGCUAGGUUCUCUCAAAUGCACGCAAGGUUGGAGGACGCCAUAUCCUUGGCGGCUGCGGCAGCAAAGCAAUCGAAUCAACGAAGCAAUUGGCUCCCGUGGGCAUGGAAACUGAUCGUGACAGCGGCGACGUUUCCAUUCAAAGUUUUCCUGGAGAUACUCGCCCUGCCGUUGAAACCUAUAGUUGCAUUUGCAAACAGAAAUAAACAGCCAUCUGCCAACCUUCGGGCACCGCGGAGCAAGCCGGGGAAGCCACCAGUAUCGGUAAAAUAUAACGGCGAUCGAGUGCCACCGAGAAUAAUCAAGAGAUGA